AUGAACAAAGAAGAAACAAAAACACACAGAAUUCAAGAAAUAGGGCGAGUCGAGCCGAUAAAGGACGCUGCAAGCAUGCCUGAAAAGCUGGUGUGGUGGCUCAAUGCGGAGAGGGAGUACGAGCUCGGAAAAGUUAUUUCUGAGACGGAGGUGGAUGCCGAGAUAUCUGUAGGGGAAAGAAGGUUUACAGAAAGGCUGGAAAAUCUUCACAAGGCAAAUCCUUCCAAGUUUGACUUGGUUGACAACAUGGCGCACCUGUCGUACUUGAACGAGCCCAGCAUUCUGCACAACCUGCGGCAGAGAUACCUAUCUAACAUGCAGUACACGUAUUCUGGCUUGUUUCUUGUCGCCAUAAACCCAUACAAAAACAUUCCCAUAUACACAAAGGAGUACAUCGAAAAAUAUUCUUCUGUCUACAAGCGCGAAGACGCGGCCCCGCACAUAUAUGCAGUUGCUAGCGAGGCAUACCACUUGAUGCGGAACACGCGGACGCCUCAGUCGAUUCUCAUCACCGGAGAGUCUGGCGCAGGAAAAACUGAAAACACAAAGUAUGCGAUUGCCUUUCUGACAAAAGUGAGCGGCGACGCUCUGCAGAGGACGUGUGUUUUGGAGGAGAGGCUUAUAUCCACAAACCCCUUGCUGGAGGCGUUUGGAAACGCACAGACCGGAAGAAACGACAAUAGCUCCAGGUUUGGAAAGUUUAUUAAGAUAGAGUUUGGAAUGAACGGGGAAAUUGUGGGCGCGUCGGUGGAGAGGUAUCUCCUGGAGUCCUCGCGAGUGACCAAGCAGGCUGCCGGAGAGAGGAACUACCACAUAUUCUACGCGCUUACAAAGCAGGCCGACGAGUCUCUUCUGGCGUCGCUGCGCCUUGAGAGGCACCGAAGCUACAAAAUAAUCAGCAGCGCAGAGGGGCACGACAUCCCGCUGGAAAGCAUAUGCGCGUCCAUGGGGACGCUGGGCUUCUCGCAGGGCGACAUUUCAAAGAUUUUCCGGAUGGUGGCUGCGAUCAUCCAUCUGGGGGAGAUCGAGUUUGUCUCUGUUGGAAAGGGCGUAGACGUGCUUGGCGAGAGCGCGGCCGCGCUGGAAAACGCCGCCGCGCUUCUGGACGUGGACGGGGCAGCUCUGAAAGAGUCUCUUCUUCGGCCAAAAAUCCAGGCGGGGAGGGAGGUUGUGGUGCACGGCAGAACGCCCGAAGAGGCGAACUUCACCGUCUCUUCACUCUGCAAGGUUCUCUACGAGAGGCUGUUCGACUGGAUAGUCUCCUUGGUGAACGUUGCCAUGCGCCCGAAGGAGGCCUCCCAGUCGUACAUUGGCGUGCUUGACAUUGCAGGGUUUGAAAUACUCGACUCCAACGGGUUUGAGCAGCUUUGCAUAAACUACACAAACGAGAAGCUGCAGCAGUUUUUCAACCACCGCAUGUUCAUUCUCGAGCAGGACAUAUACAUGAAGGAGGGCCUGGAGUGGAACAUGAUCGACUUUGGGUUUGACCUGCAGCCCACCAUCGACCUUUUGGAAAAAAACAGCACGGGAAUAUUUUCGAUACUCGACGAGGAGUGUGUUGUGCCUGGAGGAAACGGCAGCCGGCUUCUUGAAAAGAUCUCCCGGACAUGGAAAGAGCACCCGAAGUUCUCCACGCCAAGGGUGCGCGGCGGGUUCACUGUUGAGCACUAUGCUGGAAAAGUGAAGUACCACGAGGACGGAUGGAUUUCCAAGAACAAGGACCCUUUGGACGAAGACAUUGCAGGCCUGCUUCUUGGCGCAAAGGGGCCGCUGCCUGUCCCCUCGAUCAAGUCAGGCCUGGCCGCAACCCGGUUUAGAACAGUCACGCAGAGCCACAAGGAGCAGCUCUCCAGCCUUUUGAAAAUGCUUUACACCACAAACCCGCACUUUGUCCGGUGCAUUCUCCCGAACAGGCAGAAAAGGCCAAAUGUUUUUGAGGUGUCGAGAGUUCUCCACCAGCUCAGGUGCAACGGAGUUCUCGAGGGCGUGCGGAUAUCCCGGCAGGGGUUUCCCACGCGCGUCGAGUUCAGAGAGUUUACGCAGAGAUAUGCGCUUCUCUCGCGCGCAGGGAAAGAGCACAUUCCGCCUGCCGAAAAGGGCGCUGUUGCCCUUCUCACAGAGCUCGGCGUCCCGCCAAGCCUGUUCCGGCUGGGAAGAACCCGGCUGUUUCUGCGGCAGGGCGUGCUCGCAGACCUGGAGGAGCAGAGAAAUGCCAAAAUAUCGGUGGUUGUUUCAGAGCUGCAGAGGCGCCUGCGCAUUCUCCUGGAGCAGAACAUAGAGGCCUUGAAAAAAGCACACGAUGACGCAGUGUCGCUCCUGCAGAGAAAUGUGAAAAUAUACGCGUCUGUGCGGAACUGGUCGUGGUGGAAGCUCUGCAUGAAGGUCCGCCCUCUUUUGGAGGUUCGCAAGGCGGAAGACGAGAUCAAGGAAAGAGACGCAAAAAUCGCCGCUCUCCAAGUGAAGCUGCAGGACCAGGCAGAGAAGCAUGCAAGCGUAGAGAACGAGUUCCAGACAGCCCUGCAGGAGGCGCAAAGAGCGCUUGCCAAAGGCGAAGACGAGAAGCAGCUCGCGUGCAUAAAAAGGAACGAGGCAGAAGCUGCGGCAAAAGAGUCUGCGGCAGAGCUUGCAGCGGCCCAGCGCGCGUCGAAUAAGUACUGCACGCAGGUUGGAGAAAUGCAGAGCGCGCUGCAGGAGCUCCAGAAAAAGGCAGAGCAGGCGCGGAGAGACGCGGCCUCGGAGGUCUCGCGGAAGCUUAUGGCCGAGCUGGACGAGCUGAAAGCACAGUAUGAAGACCUGCGGCGCGAAAACAAGCGCAUAAAUGCGGCCCAUGCGCAAGAGGUGGGUAGAGCCGAAAGCGCAGAGCAGGAGAGAGACCUUCUAGCGCAGGAGAAAGCGUGCGUUUUGGAGAAGAGCAAAAAGCUUUCCAGCGAGAUCGAAGAGCUUCAGAACGAAGUUACCAUGGCAGACUCCCUGCGGAGAAAGGGCGAGGUUUCGGCGCAGAAGCUGGAGAGCGAGGUUGAGCGGCUUGGGUCUCUUCUGAGCUUUGAAAAGGAAAAGGUUCUGAAGCUCAACGAGGCGUUCAAGAAGGCUGCGGCGCCGGCGCCCGAGCCGGUUCGGAUUCCCGUGAAAGACAACACAGCAGAAAUUUUGCAGCUGCAGAAGGACCUCGAGCACGAAAGAGAGAGGGCCACUGCCAGGCAGGCCGAGUACGAAGACCUCAAAAAAGAGUACAUAAACCUGGUGGACGAAAAGCUUGGGUCUAUGAUUUCAGAGAAGCAGAAAACAGACGCGGAGAUGAAGAAGCUGCACCAAUCAUUUGCAAACAGCCAGCUGAAAAUGCAGGAGGCACAGAGCCGCGCCGAGAAGUGCGAGCAGCUUGCAAGCGCUCUGAAGGAGGAGCUGGAGAGAAAGGCUGUGGCUUUGGCCCGGGAGGAGAAGGCCCGCCGCGCGCACGAAGUAAAGGCCCGGGAGGAGCUGCUUGAGGCAGACGCGCAUAUUCAGCGCCUCGCGCAGGCUCUGGAAGGAGAGCAGCGGCUCUCCGCGGAAGACGCAGCCAAGCGAACAAAGGCACAUGCAAGCGUGCUGGAGGAGGUCCAGAAAGUGCUGAAGAAGAUCCAGGAAAUGCACGAAAGCAUGCACCUUAUGAAGUGCGAGAUUGAGGGGGCAAUGAAGACUGUUGUUUUGUUCAGAGCCGAAAUACAGAAGCUCGCAGAAGAAAUCAUAAAGAGCGAGGCAGAAAAGGAAUGCGCCAUGCAGAAGCUGGGAAGAGCAACUGCCGCGGCCCAGGAAAGCGAAAGCGCCUUGGACGCAGCAUGCGCGCAAAUACAGAGGCUGGUGAGCGAGAAAGGGCAGGCUCUCAUGGAGGCCGAGAGCGAGGCAGAGCGGCAGAGAGAGGCGCUGGAGGAGGCUGAGACUGCGUGGCAGGCAGAGCGCCGUGCAAUGGACACAGAGCGUCGCGAAAUGAGGAAGAUCGCCGCAGAAAAGAAGAGGCUUGUGGAGGAGGCCAAAAUCGCGCAGGCAGAAAGGGCGCGGCUUCAGGAAAGGGUGCAGGACGCCCGAAGCAAGGCCACCCGGUACGCCGAAGAGAAAGAAAAAGCUGUUGCAGAGGCGGCUGCCCGCCUGGCAGAGGCAGAGCGGUCUUGCGCCAGAGAGCGGGCAGAAAGCGCGCGGCAGCGAAGAGAGGUUCUUGCAGCACAGGAAGCGCUUGCCCGCGUGGAAAGCGACCUGAAAAGGGUGAGAAGCUGCGAAAGCGCGCGCACCCAGGAGGUUUUGCUUCUUGAAGCGCGGAUAGUUGAGUGCAAGAAAAAAGAAGCUGCCCUGUCGUUGGAGGUGCGCCGGCUGAAGGUUGAGGCCAGCGCGGCCUUUGCAAUGAACGCGGCCUCUCUGCAAAACAAGAAAAUCUGCGAGGAUGCAAGCCAGUAG